UUUCAAAAAACUAUAGAGUUGAUCAUUUUCAUCGACCGUUGGUAAUAAAGAGUCGGUAUACAAUUAUCGAGCGAAUUGAAUAUGUAAAAGAGAUAGAAUUAAACUGUUGAUUGUUCUCUGCUCUGCCAUGUACCCUUUUCUAGAAACCCUCGAAAACUUCUCGCGAGCUCCGUGUCCCAUUGACGUUUCCUCGUGUCAUUUUAGCCAAGAGCCUUCCAUUUGAUUUUGUAAACAAAAUGUUGUAGCGUCGCGAGCAAUAACGAAAUUUUAAGAAAAAGUUUCGAACGUAAAUAAUCGUGCGGUACUCGUGAAACACGUACAAUCAUGUGGAAGUGUCACAAAUGCGGAAAACCCGUUUAUUUCGCGGAACGAAAGCAAUCGUUGGGUUACGAUUGGCAUCCAGAAUGUCUGCGCUGCGAAGAGUGUGGCAAACGUUUGAAUCCAGGCCAGCAUGCAGAGCACAAAGGCGUUCCCUAUUGUCAUGUACCCUGCUACGGAGCUUUGUUUGGACCUCAAUUAUUUGGUCAUGGAACAAGAGUAGAAUCUCAUACAAGUUUUGGCAAAAAAGAGGUUCGGCCUGCGUUGCCAAGAUCUCACUUGGAGACCAAGCUCAAAGUCUUCAAUCAGUAUUACGAGGGAAAGAGCGGUGGAAUAAGAAGUCGAGAAGUCAAUGGUCGCUUGAUUCUUGAAGGGGCAUUAAGAAUUUAUUGGGGUGUUAGAGGAGUGAUACAUUUGAAAGAGGACGAUGAUCAGAGGACUGUUGUUACAGCGAGGAACAGAAACUCGUGUAGGAGAAGCGUUUCAGAGGAAGCUGAGGACAGUGACGAAGAUAAACCUCAGGUGAUAGUCAAAGAUUUGUCGCCAACGGAGACCCAAACUGAAAGCGAACCCAACUCAGUGCCUGCUUCACCUGAUCAUUUAAAAAGUCUCACUCUUCCUAUGAAACUCGAUGUCAAAACUAUGGAGUGGGAUGAAUUGGACGAACUCCUCCAGGUGGAACGAAAAGUCGAAGAUGGUAAUAAAUUGUAUCAAACGAUGCCAGAGAAUCUUCCCUCGAUAAGUUCACAUUCCAGUAACGAAACUCCACCGUUGUCAAGUCAAUCGAGUCUGGAGACAUGCGACGGACGUGGCAACACAAGCAUUAACAGUCCAACCCAUCAAACAAAAAUAUCUGAUUCCAGCAUAACGAGUACACCGACUCACAGUAUAGAAAGUUCCUCGAGCACUGAUACGCCCAAUUACCAAGGUACACCGAGCAAAAAUGGAACGCUGCGACGCGUCGAGUAUUUCGAUAGUCUUGAAAAAAGUAUCGGAAAUCGAUCUAUAAGUCAGGAUGACAGUUGGAUUGAGAAAGGAUUAAAUCGUUCCAUGUCCGGACCUGAUUGCCUGCAGAGGCAUCGCGCUGAUAGUGAUACCGACUCGGUUAAUUCCUUACACUUCAGAGAAGACGACAAUAUGACCAUGUCCACUGACAGUGGAUUGGAGUUGGACGGAGUAGUGCUGCGACGUAAACAAGGUUCAACGGCGAUUCGACGUCGUCCGGGUGGGAGAAGACAGUCUCGAAGUCGUCUCCGACGACGUUGUUCGAUAAACGGGCAUUUUUAUAACAGAGAAACGAGCUUUUUUACCCCGCCUCACGGUUCUCAAAUGUCCGUUUGGGUAACGAGUCUCGUUAGUACUCAAGAGGUCAUAAAUCUCAUGCUGGACAAGUACAAAGUUGAUGCUAAACCGGACAAUUUCGCUCUUUUCGUUGUCAGGGACAAUGGAGAACAACGGAGAUUGAGAGAAGACGAAUAUCCGUUGGAAGUUCGAGUAGUUUUGGGACCGCACGAGAACGUAGCGCGGUUAUUUCUCGUCGAUAAAUUGUCGACUCCUGAGAUAAGUUCGGACGUAGCACAGUUUUUGAAUCUUUCAGUUGCCGAAUGCCACGGUAUACUCCAACGUUACGUUUACGAGGAAGAGCGACAAAUCGUAAUGCUGAAAGAAAAGUAUAAGGAAAUGAGACGCAGAAUAAAGCAACGAAUGGAAGAGCUAAAAGUCCGAUUAUAGAGGAGCGUUAAUCAUUCGAACCAUUAUUUUACGACGAUUAACCAUUUUUUCAUUCUAUACGAUCAUGUUCAAAGAGUAAUUUUUCUAAAAAUAUUUAACAACUUUUUUAAAGUAAUUGGAACCGUUAAUUCGUUUUUUUAACUUGCUAAAUUUUCAGUAAAAAUGAAAACAGCAAAUCUUUAGUUUUUUUUUAUAGAAAUCUCAAUAUACGACAAACUGAGGCAUGAAAUAAUCACGAGAUAGUAAUUCUACUGUCACACGGUGAAAACAUCAAAAUAUUUGUCUAUUUUUAACAGAUUUUUAUCGUUGCGAAAUUCUUUGGUUCGAAAAGCAUGACUUGUAAGCUUGGAUCUUGUUCUAGAUAACUCAUUACUUUUUGAGCAUCUUCAUACUCGACGGAUUAUUCUCAAUGGAAAGCGUGAUUUUUAUUAUUACUAAUAAUAGGAAUACGAGUUUAUGUCGAACUGUUAUCACUCGAAUGCCAAACGCACUAGCGUAUAUUUUUUCCUACCGAAACAUUCAAUUAGCGAUUUAUCAUUGUUUUCGAACAAAGUUGCGGCAUUUAAAAAAAAAACUCCUUUUUUCUAUUAGCACCAGUGCAAUUUAUAUGGAAAAAUAUCGUUGCUGAUCGUAGUUCAUUAAGUAGUCGAUUGUGGACAUUAACGAGAUUCUAGAAUGAAAAAGACGUAGUUUUUGAUAACAAAUUUGUGUUUUUUUUAGAUUCUAAUCCUUUUUUUUUACUGAAUACUCGUCCAGUUUAGUGGGAUGUACAAUGAAAUUUUUGUUGUCAAUCAUUUUUUGUGCUUUGAUAUUCGUCCAGUUUAGUGGGCAAUACAAUGAAAUUUUUGUUGUUCAAUCAUUUUUGUGCUUUGAUGUUUUUCUCGAAAUGAUAAAAAAAUAUAAUUUAAGAACUAUUGCGCCAUGAAAUGCGAACAUAUCAUUGUCUUCAAUAUUGAAUCGCACGUUUUAUUAAAACUUUUGUUUGAUUGAAUGUUAAAAAAUCAGUGACAUACAUGUAUGAAGUCUCGUUGAUGUUCAACGCGUAAAUUGUAAGCUAGAAAUUUGUUGAUCUCGUGUGCUGCUCACUCGCUCACAACACGGACUCGAAUAAUCAUUUUUGUCUCUCUUUUUUUUAAAUCAUAGUUGUUUGAAAAUGAUUUGACAAUCAUGUGGCGGAUACGAGAUCGUAUAAUUACUAAUAAUUUUUUUUAUCAUAAUAAUUAACUGUAGAGCAUGCUUAGAGUCCCGAAUGGAUUUUCCUUUGCAAAUUGAAGAUUUUGCAAUUUUGGGAUGAGCUUUAUUACCGUCAGUCUCCAAGGGAAAAGGAUCGUUGAAGAUUCCAGCUUGACGUUCUUCCUUUUCUUCGAACGUCAACGUCUGGGUAGUCAAAUCCUUGAAUAACGUAGCGCCAGUCUGACUUUUCUUAUAUUUCGCACAAUUAUCUAUUUUUACGUCUGUCAAUGUGAGAAUCGUAACGAGAAUUUACGUUUGUCUUUUCGUCAUCGAUUUAUUAUUACGCAGGAGACGAUGAAUAAUAAAACGAAAACUUCACCAUGACACGAGUCGCGAACAAAAUGUAAACGAUAUUCUGAAAGUAAAUACAAGAAAACGAAAAGUGUUGAUCACACGAAACCUGUCAACGAAACAAAUAAAAGAAAAAAAUAAAAAGAUAAAUUUACAUUUGUAAUAUACGAUCAUGUAAUUCGAAUCUUUUUCUUCGAAUCCAGUUAUCACGACGAAUAAAGUAACACUGUUUCUUCUUUGUAAA